AUGGUGGCUGAAGCCCGAGCCCAUGAAGAGGCCGACGGAUGGGGAGAACAAACCCGCGAGGACGAGAAGAAGCAGCACGACAAGGACCAGGAGGAGCUCAUCGACAUGGGCUCUGAUGACGACAACAACGGUAACGAAUCCACAUCGCCAUCAAACCGUACGCACGUCGAGUGCAUGCUCGGAUACACCGUCGGGCUCCGCUUCAACCCAAACCAUGUCUUCAUGUUCGAGCCCAAGAACGAGGAGGGCGACUCCAAGACCAGCGCGAACACGGCUGCAGAGUGGGGCGGAUGCGGCGUGGCAUAA